AGAAGAAAAACUGGCGAAUGACGUUGAUACAGGAAAGAAAUUGGAAACUCACGGAAAUGACGUCUCUCUAGAACAAAUGUGUUAACAGCAGAGGGCACCUGGGAAAUUAAAGCAGCAUGUGGCCCGUAGUGUGGACUGCGAUGCGGACCUACGCGCCGUACAUCACCUUCCCUGUCGCUUUCGUGGUCGGCGCUGUGGGCUACCACCUGGAGUGGUUCAUCAGAGGCACUCCAAAACCUCGGGAGGAAGAGAAGAGCAUCUCGGAACUGAGGGAGGAAAGAAAGCUGCAGGAACAGGUGGGAACAGACGGCACUCAGGUGCUUAGCCUUAAAGAGAAACUGGAGUUCACGCCUAAAGCUGCUCUCAACAGGAACAGAUCUGAGAAGAGCUAACUCAUGUCGCGACAGACUUGUUCUUGCAGUUUUUUUUUUUUUGUUUUUUUUUCCUUUUCCAUCAAGGGGAUGGUUCCCUGGGAACCGAAGAGGUGAACCAGAGGACAAAAAUCACCCACUGUUCUACUCACCUGAGUAGUUUUCACUUGUCAUCUCCUGAAGAUUCAAAGCCAGCCCGGCCGACAGUAAACACAUACAACCAAACACACUCUUGCUAUUCUUUGUAAUCAGGUAAAAAUCUUCUAUCGGUGAAUUUUCAUAAGAUUUGACAAUGCAUAGAUGAACAUUUCAAUCAAGCCACUCUAAUAACAUAUUUAUUGAGCCUUUAAGUGUUUAUCUAAUGGAUUGUUUUUACUUGCGCAUCUCCACUUGCCCAAAAAAAUCGUGUUUAUUCAUGUCAUAUUACAGCAGUAUGAGCCAGAUAUUAUUGUGGCUUCAUCAUUAAGUCACUCAAUUUUUAUUUAUUUUUUGGUAAUUUCAUUCGAAGAUAUUUUCAAGAUGAAUGUUUCUCAAAGUGAGUGUCCUUUAAUCUUUUCUGAAUGUUAGAAAAGAAGUAGUAAUUAUCUUGCUGGAAGUGGGAAAAGAAAGAUGGCUCUUUGUUGUUCCUUUUAUCUCAUCUGGCCUUUGAAGGUGUGUGGUAAAACAAGCCAGCAGUACAGGAGGUCUCGUUGGAGCUGUAACCUUUUUAGGAGUAUUAUUUGUAACCUGAACAUGAUGCUUUCAUUUUAGAAAGUCUGGAUGGUUAGUACUCCCAGGUGUAUAAAUUGUGUGUCAAAGAAAUUAUAUGAAAUAAAGGAAAUCUAUGUUCAUAAAUUGAAAAA